AAGGGCCAAGCGGGCCAAGGACUCGGGCGUUCCUCCCCAAGACCGGUGCCCCGGAGCCCCGUUCUCUUCUCUCCUUUUUUUUUUUUUCCCUCCGUCCGUUCGUUUCUUCCGUCUGGAGGGUCAUUAAGGUGCGUUGUUCUCUGUCAUUUCCUACUUCAUUUCGAUCGAUUUCUGGCGUUUCGUUGCUUGAAAUACUAGUUUUUCCUCUCUUUUUUAUUUUUUCUUGCAAAAAUUGGUGCCUAUUACGUAGAGCAAGGAGGGGGGGGAUGUGGUUUUGAUUCCUUGUUUCUAUUGGUAUUUCUUGGAAACCUUCGAUCCUGAUUGCUCCUAUUCUUGCGAUCCUUUGUUGGAUCAUCUCGUGGUCUCACUUUGUCCAACCAUUCGAAUUAGUUUAAGAUAUGGUCGCGCAUGAAAUUUUCUCCGUGAUCAGUUUCAGUGCAUGAAAUUUUGCGCCAUUUUUUUUUACUGGAGAUCCUUGAUCCGCUGUAAGCGUUUAGAAGUCAUCAUCUCAUCAGCCUUCUGAUUUCCUAAUUUUCUUUUGGGGUUUUCUCGGUGGUAAUCUGUGAUACAACGGGUAGGAAUUUGUAAAACAAGUAAUUCAAGAUAGGUUCGCAACUGCUCUUCCUCAUAGCCUUCUGAAUUUUCUCUAAUAUUUGGUAGAAUUUCGUAGAACCAGUUGUUGAAGUAGGGGUGGGUUAAGUUUAGAAUGGUAAUGAUUUCUGAAAGGUUUUAAAGAUCAGACUUUUAGGGUAUCUUAGAAUUCGAUGAUUAUGGGUACGGGCAUCCGUGACUUGCGAGCCAGGACGAGCGGAUUCGAAUUCGAUCAGCUCUUCUCCACGGCCAGCUUCAAAUCAGAAGCGCUACCCAUGGUAGAUAAGAACAGCUUCAUCGACCUCCCGAAUUUUUCCUUUGAUCCAACCCUCUCUGCUCCGACGCCCUCCGUUCCCACCACCGAUGCCACCACCUCAUCCUCUUCGGCUCCAUCCGCGGAGGCGGAUUCCGCGGAAGACGCGGAGAUUUUCUCCGACAUAGUCCUCAACUACAUUAGCGAGAUGCUCAUGGAGGAGGACAUGGAUGAUAAGUUCGAGCAGUUUCAAGAGCAUCCAGCUCUUCUAGCUGCAGAGAAGCCCUUCUAUGAUAUUCUUGCAGAGAAUUUCUCUCCUCCUCCUGAUCAGCCACCACUACAUUCCAACCGUAGUCCGGAGAGUCCUGAUGAUGGUGCCAAUAACCACUACGGGAGUUCCAGUAGCAGUAACGGUGUGGUGGGAGACAGCGGUAGCUGGCUCUUUGAUUCACUCGAGCAUCAGCAUCUACAGUCACACCCUGUUUCUUUUGAUUACUCCUCUCAGUCUUCGUUUUCCUCCGCAAAUAGCGUCGGCAACAUCGUAGAAGCUGGCUCUCUGCCAAAGACAGCUGCGCUCCCUGAUUUCCUUACUCAGAGCCAGCCCGCUUGGGAGCAGUUUAGGAGGGGAGUCGAGGAGGCGCGCAGGUUCCUGCCUGGCGAACAUAAGUUGGUGAUUGAUCUGGGGGCUAAUGGCUUCUCUCUGCCUCAAGAACCGAAGCGAGAGAACGAAUUGGUGGAGGUCAAGGCGGAGAAGGAAGAAAGGGAGCAUCCGUCUCAGGGGUCAAGGGGCCGGAAGAAUCCUCAUAGCGAGGAUUUGGAGUUGGUGGAGGGGAGGAGGAGCAAUAAACAGACGGCUGUCUUCCCCGAGCAGACCGUUCGGACGGAGAUGUUCGACAUGAUUUUGCUGUCGAACGAGGCGUGCACGAGAGGUCGUUCGGAGCUUCGAGCUGCGAUGGAGAAGGAAGCAGGCAAGAGCCCUCAGAGCAACCAAUCCAGAGGAUCCGGGGGUGGAAGGGGUCGCGGGAAGAGGCAGCCCAAGAAGGAGGUUGUGGAUCUUAGAACGAUCCUCGUCCACUGCGCUCAGGCUGUCGCAACCGACGACCGCCGGAACGCCAGCGAAUUACUGAAGCAGAUCAGACAGCACUCUGGCCCUCACGGAGAUGCGACUCAGAGGCUGGCCCACUACUUCGCCGACGGGCUUGAGGCUCGCCUCGCCGGUACGGGGAGCCAGAUCUACAAUUCUCUCGUGGCGAAGCGGAUUUGUGCCGCCGACAUCCUGAAGGCGUACCAUCUUUUCAUGGCCGCAUGCCCUUUCAAGAAGAUCUCCCAUUUCUUCUCCAACCAGACCAUUUUGGACGUGGCCGAGAAGGCGACGAGGGUGCAUAUCGUGGACUUCGGCAUCUACUACGGCUUCCAAUGGCCAUGCUUUCUCCAGCGCCUUUCUUCCAGGCCUGGUGGGCCCCCGAGCCUUCGGAUCACCGGCAUUGACUUGCCCCAGCCGGGCUUCCGUCCAACGGAGCGGAUCGAGGAGACAGGGCGCCGCUUGGCUGAUUACUGCCGGAGCUUCGGCAUUCCCUUCGAGUACCAUGCAAUGGCAGCCAAAUGGGAGACCAUCCGAGUUGAGGACCUCAACAUCGAUAAAGAUGAAGUGCUCAUUGUCAACUGCCUGUACCGGCUCAGGAAUCUCAUGGAGGAGACCGUCGUGGCGGACAGCCCGAGAAACAAGGUCCUGAAUACUAUAAGGAAGAUGAACCCGGACGUAUUCAUCCAUGGGAUCGUGAACGGCUGCUACGGUGCUCCCUUCUUCGUCACACGCUUCCGUGAAGCGCUGUUCCACUUCUCGGCCUUGUUUGAUAUGCUUGAAACGAAUGUGCCGCGGGAAGAUGCUCAGAGGCAGCUGAUCGAAAGGGACCUCUUCGGGCGGGAGGUUCUUAACGUCAUCUCGUGCGAAGGCUUGGAGAGGGUGGAGAGGCCCGAGACUUACAAACAGUGGCUGGUGAGGAACCUCCGGGCCGGGUUCGCGCAGCUUCCGCUGAAGCCGGACAUUGUGAAGAAAGCGAGGGACAAGGUGAAGGCCUGCUACCAUAAGGAUUUUGUCGUCGAUGAGGAUAGUGGAUGGCUGCUGCAGGGGUGGAAAGGGCGCAUCAUCUAUGCCCUCUCCACCUGGAAACCCAACCACGCUUCCUAGCUUCAUUUCCGCACAGCAUAUGACCUGUAAAUGGAAACUCCUCUUCUGUUAGCCUGGACCUAAUUAAGACCGCCCUUGAUGACUGACGGCAAGGUCUUAACGCAGGCGACUGGGGUUCUGACUUUCGGAACCAAGAUUGCCGAUCGAGUCUGGUGAGAGCAGAAGUUGAGGAGCUCCUGAAGUAGGAAACGGGAAGAACACGAUCGAGGAUUCACAUUUCACACAACCUUCUCUGUGGAGUGGUCUCCUAACACUGAUAUCUUGUAGUUAGGUUUUGUAUGGUUUUAUGAAGUUAGCGUUCCAGAGUUCUGUCUGGUUGCUCUGUGAUUGUAAGCAGGUUGUUGUUCACUUUCUAGUCGACCCUGCUCCCAAACUUUGUGCUAGGAGUGGGUACUGUAAGGAUGCACGUCUGUCCAUAAAUGAAUGACAUGCACAUGUAGCUGGUCCACCCAAAAGCAUACGUAUUUAGAAAACUCGUAUCUGCAUGCUAGCUGGUCUUUUUGCG